AUGACCAGGGACCCGCGCGAAACCAACCUGGCCGUAUCGGCCACCAACCGUGCCGCCAUCUAUGAAGAGCACGGCGGCCCCGAGGUCAUCCAGAUCAAGGACCUCGCCACUCCCAAGAAAGAGGACCUGCAGCCGGGCGAAGCUCUCGUCAGGACGCUCUUCACCGGCGUCUGCCACAGCGACCUGCACGCACUCAACGGAGACUGGCCCUUCCCGACCAAGCUGCCCCUCGUCGGCGGACACGAGGGUGCGGGCGUCGUCGUCGCCCUUGGACCAGGCGCCGAUGAAUGGGUCAAGAUCGGCGACCGUGUAGGCAUCAAGUGGGUGGCCAACACGUGCUUCAAGUGCGACUACUGCCUCGACGGGCACGACGCCAGCUGCGCAGAGUACAAGCCGAGCGGAUACGCCGUCGACGGCACCUUCCAGCAGUACACUCGCCACGCCGCACGCUACCUCACCCGCAUCCCCGACGGCAUCAGCCUCGAGGCGUCGUCGUCGAUCCUCUGCGCCGGCGUUACCAUCUACCGCGCGAUCAAAGAGGCCAACCUGCGCGCUGGACAGUGGAUCGUCAUUCCCGGUUCUGGCGGAGGGCUGGGCCAUCUGGGCGUCCAGUAUGCCCGGUACGCCGGAUACAGGGUGAUUGGCAUCGACACGGGAGAAGAGAAGCGCAAGCUCAGCCUCGACCUCGGCUGCGAGGCCUUCGUCGACUUCAAGACCUCGUCCAACGUCGCCGAGGAGAUCAAGGCCGUCACGGGCGGUCUGGGCGCCCAUGCCGCCGCCGUCGCUGCUGCCAGCGCAAAGGCCUACGAGCUGGCGCUGACCUAUAUCCGACCGCGCGGCACCCUCGUCAUCGUCGGCAUGCCCGUCGCCACGCUGCCCCUCGACAUUUUUAUGACCGUCGCCCUGGCCCACCGCAUCGUCGGCUCGGCCGUCGGCAGCCGCCGCGACGCAAACGAGGCCCUCGACAUCGCCGCCCAGGGCAAGGUCAGGGUCGUCUACCAGCUAAAAGGCCUCUCGGACCUCCCCGACGUCUUCCGCGACAUGAGCGAAGGCAAGAUUACCGGUCGCGUCGUCCUCGACCUCGACAAGUGA